GUAAAGAAAGUUGAGGAACGAAAUAAAAGAACCGAUUCCUAAUAUUCGACGAAUAUUAGAAAUAAUAGUUUUCGACCGAAUACUCUUGAUCGUACAAGAGGAGGGAAAUAAACACGAGGCAAUAAUUGUAUUCGACAAGAUCUCCCCUUCCCCUCCUUCUAAGCAUUCAUCAAAGAGAUAAUAACUUGGUGAACUGAAAGCGACUGAAAGUAUCUGUCUACAUCGAAUCCAGUUCAGUAUUCACGUACCAGCCGUCCAGCACGACAGUAGCAUUCAUAAUGAGCGAUCAAAGCAACAACACUGUGAUCAAUUUUGGAGCAGGACCGGCCAAACUUCCAGCUCAGGUGUUGAAAGAUGUGCAAAGGGAAUUGCUUGCAUACAGUAAUACUCAAGUUAGUAUUUUAGAGCUGAGUCAUAGAUCAAAUGACUUCAAAAAUGUUAUCGAGGAUGCUCAAGCAACGUUGCGAAAAAUAUUACACAUUCCCGAGAAUUACAAAAUUCUGUUUAUGCAAGGAGGAGGAACAGGGCUAUUUGCGGCUGUUCCUUUAAAUAUGAUGACAACUGGCACCGCGGACUACGUAGUGACUGGCUCAUGGUCGGCCAAGGCAGCGAAAGAGGCAGCAAAGUAUGGGAAAGUGAACUUGGUUUUGCCAAAAACGACGAAAUAUACCGAGGUUCCCGAUCCCUCUACUUGGAACUUGGACCCAAAUGCAUCUUACGUUUAUUACUGUGCUAAUGAGACAGUUCACGGUGUUGAAUUCCAUUAUAUUCCCGAGACAAACGGGGUACCACUCGUUGGCGAUAUGUCGUCGAAUAUCCUUACAAGAUCUCUAGACAUUUCGAAAUUUGCAGUGAUAUUUGCCGGCGCUCAGAAAAAUAUUGGCCCAGCUGGUGUAACACUUGCGAUAGUGCGAGAUGAUAUUCUUGGUCAUGCUAUGAAGAUCUGUCCAACAGUACUAGAUUUUACAGUCAUGGCAGCUGAUAACUCCUUACACAAUACACCGCCAGUAUUUCAGAUAUAUGUGGUUGGGUUAGUUUUCAAAUGGAUUGAAGAACACGGCGGCGUUGAAGGAAUGGAAAAAAUGGCAAUUGUAAAAAGCCAGAAGAUAUACAACGUGAUCGAUCAGUCGAAAGGCUUUUACUCGUGCCCGGUUAAGCCAGAUGUACGGAGCCGAAUGAACGUUCCAUUUAGGAUAGGAAGAGACGAUGAGGAACUGGAAAAAAGGUUCUUAUCUGGCGCAAGCGCACGUGGAAUGCUUCAGUUGAAAGGUCACAGAUCCGUAGGAGGAAUUCGAGCGUCUUUGUACAAUGCUGUUACUGUAGAAGAGGCACAGAAACUGGCAGAGUAUAUGCAAUGGUUCUACCAAGAACAUUCUAAUAAAUCUUAGAAAAAUGAUGUUUAUUAACAUUACAAAUAUACUUUAUAAAAAAUAAUUUGUAUAUACAUAUAAGAUG